CCUAGGAUGGGGGCCUCCUGUCAUCCACUGGGGAUCUCUGAGCUGCUGCUGACAGCUUGCAUCUGUUAUUAGAAGAAAGAAGCUUUAUAGAAGUGAUGUGUGCCUCCUCCACUCGGCAGUGUGCAAGUACCCAGGUUCCCAGACCAGCACAACAGGGAGGGAGGGUUUGAUUCAUCUCUUCAGUCCUGACGCCAGAGCACAUCCAGAUUCAUCUCUUCAAUCACAAUGCCAGAGCACAUCCAGAUUCAUCUCUUCAAUCACAAUGCCAGAGCACAUCCAGAUUCAUCUCUUCAAUCAUAAUGCCAGAGCACAUCCAGAUUCAUCUCUUCAGUACCGACUCCAGAGCACAUCCAGUGUUGUGAGGUCCACGAAAUAAGGAAGGGGAUCUCCCUGUGCACUUCCUAAUCAUCCAUGGCGACAGCACAGGCCUUGCCCCUGACCAGCGAACCUAGCACCCACUUCUGUGACCUCUACCCCCUCCCCUCCCAGCGUGGCCAGUACAGGACAACCAUGGGAAGUGUGGGCAGCCUGAUCGAGAAGCCGGACCUGUCCCCAGAGUCGCUGCACAGCAGCAGGGCCGUGCCCCAGGCGGGACCCAGGCAGCCCGACGGCCUGCUCAAGAAGGGCCUUGCCCAGAGGGAGUUGCUUAACUAUCUGAACAUCACCAAGAAGGACCCCAAACCAGGCAAGAGGACAGUCUCCUCCAUCAAGAGGGAGCAUGGCUCAGAGGAAGGAGAGAACAUCUACAGCAAGAUGCAUCACAAACACGGCAAGGAGAUUGACCUGACCAAGAACUCUCUGCCGCUGGAAAAGUCCCGGUGUCGACCCUCUGCAUUCAAACCAGUAACUCCCAAGAACUUCAGCUCCAUGCAGAACCUGUACCCCUCCAGACACAAGGACCCAGAGAAGGGACUCCCCAACGGGCUUCAUCACGUUUCCUAUGCCACGGUCUCCCCCUCCCGGAGCGGUCCCGCCAGGCCCCCUCCGCCCCGGGCCCUCAGCCAGCAGGAUGAGGAGAACAUGUCUGACUCGGGACACCACUCCCUGAACAGCCUCCCGCCCUACCGGCCCCCCUUCAAGGCUCACUUGGGCCAGAUCAGCGCCUCCAUGAGCCACAUCAACCACAUCGGCUCGCUGGAGCGUGGCUCGGCAGGCUCCCGGGGGGGCCGGUCCACGGCCUCGGAGCUGUCGUGCCGCAGCAUGGCCACGCUUCACCGGCUGCAGGGCUGCGAGGGAGAGGCACCCCCGCCCUACCAGGCCUCGCUCUCCAUGGAGGAUAUGGUGAAGGACCUGGAGGAGAGGCUCCUGGAGAAGGAACACGAGCUGAAACAUGUGAGGAGGAACCUGGACGAGAGCGAGGACGCCAUCGCUCAGGUGGGGAUCUCCUUCCAGAAACAGGUGUUUGAAAAGAGGCAGCGGCUGUGGGAGAAGGAGAUCGAGGAGCUCAAGCGGCUCUACGCCACCAAGCUACGGCAGAUCUCCCAGCAGGCCCAGCGCUCGCAGCGCACGCUGCAGCUGCAGCUGUACAAGGCGCAGCAGGAGAAGCACAGGCUGCAGGAGGACCUGGGUGCGCAGCGUCGGGAGUGUGAGGUGUUAAAGACUGUCGAACAGGGACAGGACAACCCCAGACUGGAGGAGACCAAGUGGGAGGUGUGCCAGAAAUCAGGCGAGAUCUCCCUCCUGAAGCAGCAGCUGAGGGACUCGCAGGCAGAGGUGGCUCAGAAGCUGGGCGACAUGUUCAGCCUGAAGACGCAGCUGAGAGAGACGAGGGUGGAAAUGCGAAGCAAGGACAACGAGAUCGAGCAGCUCCGAGACUCCCUGCGACGCACCCUGCAGGAUGGAGAGCAGGACGGAGAGGGUGAGGGCAGGGAGGGGAGGGGGCAGCAGCAGGGCUCCACAGAGGAGAGGCUGAGGGCGGAGCUGCUCCUGGAGAGAAGACAGAAUGAAGCCCAGACCUCCCUCUUCGAGUCGGAGCGACGCACCUGGCAGAAAGAGAAGGAGAAGGUGAUCAGGUACCAGAAGGAGCUGCAGUUGGGCUACCUGGAGAUGUACCACAAGAACCAAGCCUUGGAGAAGGAGCUGCAGGAGCUGCGAGGAGGAGGAGGAGGGGGGGAGAGCGGCAGCAGAAGCAUAGGGACCAAUGACCCACAGCAGCCCACAGGCCUGCCCUGGAUAGAGAGGAUUGAGUCCUCUGAAAUAUGACUGCGGACAGAGGAGAAAGGAGGGCCGGAAAUAAAUAAUGAAUGCAACAAUCUGUGGGCAAAAGAAGCUAAAGCUAAAAGAACCCAGUGCUUGUGCGGUUGUUUGUUAUUGGAUGACGCGUCCUUCAAUCCAGGAAGCUGCUGCAGAAGGUGCUGCUCUUGGGAGUCUGGGACUACAGGAAAAUGAGACGUCAACACUGCAAGCUGUCUUGCAAAGUCUUUUCACUUUUGAAAGGGAUUUUUUUUUUUUUUUUUUUUACAUAACAAUUAAUCGACAUCUCUGUGAGGGGAAAAAAAAAUCUGAAA